UGACGACGUGGCCGAGCGGACCGGGGCGAUUCAAACAAGGCGAACCGGCUUUGUCCCGCACAGAUAGUUCAGAGAGUCCUCGGCUUUGGGUGCUUCAACAAGUGUCCGCAUAAGUUUAAAACCUUUUCUUUCUGUAAAAUGUCUGGGAAAAUAAAGAGCCGAAGUGCUGCAAACGCAGACUCGAUAACAGGUGGUGUUUCCUGCGAUGAGCGCAUCUUGCGGGAUUGUCAUCAGCUGUACACGGAUCCAGACAGCGGGCUGAUCACAGUAGCUGAAUCCGUCGGCGUGAAGUUGCUGCCGCCCAGGAAGAAAAUCACCGUGUUGCUGAUGGGAAACCACUCGGCUGGGAAGAGCUCCUUCAUCAACUGGUAUGUUGAAGAGCACAUCCAGCGCACCGGAGUAGCCAUCGAGACCCAGGGCUUCAACUUUGUUACAAACGGCCGCAAGAGAGAAUCUCUCACAGGGAACGCCACCCUCCAUCUUUACCCGCACUUCAAACCGCUGCAAGCAUUCAAAGGUGUUUCCGAGUAUCUGAGCACAGAAAUCUGCACGUCCAGACAGAAGCGCUUCAGCCUGGUGACCUUUGUGGAUUCUCCAGGUUUGGUGGACGGAGACAUGAAGUAUCCGUUUGAUGUGGACGACGUCAUCCUGUGGCUGGGGGAUCUCUGUGACCUGAUCCUGGUCUUCUUUGACCCCAUGGGUCAGGCUCUGUGUAAGCGAACGCUCAACAUCGUGGAGAGUCUGAACGACAAACACGGAGAUCGGCUGAGAUUUUACCUGAGCAAAGCGGACGAGGCCGGCGGAGAGAGUGACAGACAGAGAGUGAUGAUGCAGAUCGUUCAGGAGCUCUGCAAACGACCGGGACUCAACAAAUGUGGUUUUGACAUGCCGACCAUCUACGUCCCAAAUCCCAACAAGCCGAGUCGCUGCGUGAACCAGAUCGAGGAGGUUUGCCGCUCCAUCGAGAAAACCAUCAACCAGACGGUCCAGAAUACGCUGAACUCUCUGGAGAAGGACUGUGAGGUCAUCAGUGAGGCCAUCACAGACACACUCUUACACGACAGGCAGACGAGUGCUGGGAACAGACGGGCUCGCUGUAAAACCUGCUUCCUGACUCUGCUGGGCUUCUGCGUUCCUCUGGCUCUGAUGGCCUUACUGGUUCUGGGCUCUCUGUCCAAGGAGCUGCUGGAGAUGGUCCUGGGUGGUCAGGGCACGGAGACGCUCUCUCUCUACCUGGCUCCGGUGGUCAAAAUGUUCGACUCGUUCUCCGCCGAGCAGCAGCUGUACGGCGUCGGCGGACUCGUCCUCCUCUCCUUCCUGCUGCUCAUCAUCGCACGCUUCACCUUCAGGACGCAGCCGACGCUGACGGGCAAACAGAAGAGACAGCUGCAGGAGAAGCUGGAGUACGUUCAGGAGGUGGUCAAGACUAAAAAGAAGAAGCUGUAUGAAGAAUAUCUGCGUCAGAGCGUCAGCGACCAUGACAUGGACCUGUGACCACGUAGACAAACACUCCGCUCCCAAAACUUCCAUCCUGUAGGAUCACAGCUCUGUACGCACACUCGUAGUCAAACCCUCUGUGAUGACUCCUGAACACACUACAUGAACACGUCUGUCCUGAGAAACCGCUUUAGUUACUGAUCGUCCUCCGUGCCUCUCCUCCUCUAAAAACCACAGACUUAAACCACUUCAAACUGUUUCAAACUUGACAAACAUAUUUAUAUUUCUUUAUCAGAGAAACCUUUAUUUUGGUUAAAGGGGCGUGCGAGUCACUUAGGGAGAGUUUGAAGACUUCACCAGCGUUUUCUACAGAUGAUGAGCUCUGAAUCAUGACGCUGCAGUUUUUUGGUAUUUAAUCCAGAUAACCAUCGUGAAUGUCUGCGUGUUAGCUAACGUGUAGAAUAUUCAUCAGCCUGAAGGAGUUCAACGUUUUAUCAGUGAAAUCUUUUUCUACUUUCCUGCUCCACGAUGUGACCAUCUUUUAUUAACAAUAAACUUCAAUAAAAAAAAGUUUCAUACA